CAGCAGCAGAAUCACAUGAGCUGGGGCUGCUGUUGUGUCACGUGAGGUGUCGUUUCUACAACAUGGCUCCAGCUAGCACAGAGCUAAACACCAUGAUCCGCUGACUGACUGUCGUUUGUCUGAUGACAUGCUCCAGCAAACAACGGGAAAUGGAGCUCGUAGUGACGUGUGGUAGUGCACUGAAGGAUGUCCGUGUUGUCGAGAAUUAACGCAGUACAAAGUCAUCAUGCGUGAAGCGGAGCAUCGUUAGCUUAAUGUGGUGAGAGUUUCCUGAGAGGGACAGGCUGAAGAGGUGAUCGCGCCUUCCCUUGAAGGCUUUGGGUUCUUUCUCCAUGAAUGUUUGAAAGUCAUCCUAACAGAAGACAGUGAGCUGUGCGCAGCAGAACAUUGUGGGACUCUUUGCAAGCGUUCAAGACUCACCAUGGAUUGGCUGAUGCAAGCAGUUGAGAAAGACUUGGGGAUUGACAGGAGGCAGCAAGGCCCAGGUCCCCGUGCGAGGGAGAUCAUUGCCAUUGUUCCUACACGCUGGGUGAUGGGCCUGAGGGAGAAGAGGGUCAUGCGCUGUGCCCGCCUCGACAGCAUCAAUGAGGCUGAGAUUCUGACCUACCUGCAGUGUUCCCAGGCAAAGUUGCCUCCUGGCUGGACACGAGUGUGCAUUCAGGGUCUGAGGAAAAGCAAGCUGAGCUACAGAUUGGCCAGAGAUCCUUGCCAACAACUUAUGGAAUUCAUGCCACAGGAUUCUUAUGUCAAAACCAUGCAGUGUGUGUCGCAUCAUAACGUCAGGAAUCUGUGGCGAGAAGCCCACUACAAACGUGUGCAGAAAUAUGCAGGACCUAAUGAGCAGAUGCACGCUGCAGCCGUAGAUGCACUCCGUCAUGCUUUACAGAAGCUUUUUAAUGCCACUUUCAUCUCACCCGAAAGAGUUUCGCCAUCCCUCUCUCCAGCCAGGGAAAAAGAGAAAGAAAACUACUUGCCAUCCAGUUCAUCUUGCACAUCAAAGUCCCAGUCAGACUGUCUGUGUCCUAACGUUCUGCCCGCAGAGUGUCUGCUGGAGACUGCAGAGAUGCUGUACGUAAUUCUACCAUACACUCAGUAUUCACUCCAUGACAUUGUCUCCUUCAGCCCAGCCAAGCUCGCUAACAGCCAUGCCAAAGUGUUGUUCAUUCUCUACCAGUUACUAAUAGCUCUGCAGGCAUGUCAUGCAACUGGCCUGUCUUGUGGAGAGCUCUCCCUGCAGGACAUAGCAGUAGAUGAGCAGCUCUGCAGCCGACUAAAGCUCAACCUAGCCCAUUACGAGGACCUGGGGACAGAGGGGGAUGCAAACAGUUAUGUUACCGGCAGACAAGUGCCAAAAAGUGUCCUGCCAAGUGAAAAUGUAUGUGUGAGCCCAGAGAACAAGAUACUUUGCAAAGACUGCUUCGGUGAGCUCAAGACGUUAGUUCUGGACUGGGUCCAUGGCCGAGUUAGUAACUUCCGCUACUUGAUGGAACUGAACCGGUUAGCAGGGCGACGAGAAGGAGACCCAAAUUAUCACCCAGUGCUGCCUUGGGUGGUGGACUUCACUGUGCCAUUUGGAAAAUUCCGGGACCUCAGGAGGUCAAAGUUCAGGCUCACAAAGGGAGAUAAACAGCUGGACUUCACAUAUGAGAUGACCAAAGAGGCUUUAGCAGCUGCAGUGGGUAAUGGAGUCGGUGGAGGUGUUGUAGGCGGAGACCUCAGCGGCUCUGUAGGUGCUGGUGGUACUGGACAGCCAGAGCACCUCCAUGUGCCUCAUCACAUUUCUGAUGUGCUCUCAGACAUCACCUACUACGUCUACAAAGCCCGGCAGACGCCCAAGUCAGUGUUGUGCAGCCAUGUUAGAUCCCAGUGGGAGCCAAAUGAGUACCCGGCCAGUAUGGAGCGCAUGCAGAGCUGGAGCCCUGAUGAGUGUAUUCCAGAGUUCUACACAGAUCCCUCCAUUUUUCGCUCAAUCCACCCUGACAUGCCAGAUCUGGAUGUGCCUUCCUGGUGCAAGUCGUGUGAGGAGUUCAUUGAGGUCCAUCGGCGCCUCCUUGAGAGCAGAGAGGUGUCCCAGUAUUUGCAUCAUUGGAUCGAUCUCACAUUUGGCUACAAGCUGUCUGGUAAAGAAGCCGUUAAAGCCAAGAAUGUGUGCCUGCACCUGGUGGACAACCACACCAACCUGACUACCUACGGUGUAGUCCAGCUCUUUGACCAGCCCCACCCGCCCCGCUUAUCUUCUUCCCAGUACGCUCCAGCAGAACCUCCUCUCCUUGGCCUUGCUGCUCUAAACGUGCCUUCUCUACACUUCCCUCAAAUCGACACCGCCGCUGACACUGUGGAUGGAAUGGUGCCAGAGUCCACAGGCUGCGAGUCCAGUGGCUGGACCAUGGUAGACAGAGAGGAAGAGCUCGAACAAGGAAUGGAAGCCUUGGAUUCGUUAACAUCCACUGUGUCCUGCGCUGUGCCACUGCCAGGCAAUACUGCAGGAGGAGAACACACAGCGCUUAUUGUAUCCCAGUCCCCAAGUUCAUUCCCUGGUGACCUAGCAAGCAGCUUAGGCCCGGGUUUACGCAGUGCCAUGUUACAAAGAGGCGGGCCUAUGAACAAAAAACACGCAGAGGGCGGUGUGACUUCCUCAAACGCAGACGAAAUCAAAAUCAGCCUCCCUGAGGGAUUCAACGCAUUGCAGCCCUUGGAGGAGCUGGAGAAAUUGAACAAUUUCUUGGUGAAGAGUCUGCACGCUGAAGUGUCCAGUGGCUGCGUAAGAGACAGCGGGAUAAUUGAAUCUCUUCCCUCUCUUACACAGCUCUACCAAAGGGACAUGCAGGCCCUGGGCGUUCUCAUCGCAGAGAUAUUCUACUCUUGUAAACUGCGGGGAGUGAAACCAGGAAACCCCCUCAGACAGCGUUUCCAAGCUGUUAUGAAGCUCUGCUCCGGCAGCCUCCGUGAUGUGCCACUGUGCUUACAUCAUGCUCUGGAGACACUGCUGCUAAUAGAGAAGCACUCUGGAACAGCACAAAGAGAGUUACCAGAUUGCCCACGUCCGCUUCUUUUCAAGUAUGACCCCAUCCGUGACGGUGUGCCUCCCCCAAACCCUUGCCAGCUAUUGAACUCAAUCAUCUCCCCCUUUUCUUUUCCCUCCUAUUUCGCACCACUCCAUCAAUUUAUCUUUUCCUACCAUGCCAAACUGGAGACCACGUGCGGUUUUCAAGGAAGAGAUAUUGUGUUUCACCUGUGGCAGCAGCUUGAGACACUGUUGCGGGGUAGCAUCACAGCUGAGGGUCUUGAGAUUCUCUUACCCUUCAUUCUAUCCCUCAUGCUUGAGGAGUGCACAGCUGUGUAUGCUGCUUGGUAUCUUUUUGAGCCCAUCUCUCGAGUACUCGGUCCCAGAAAUGCAAACAAGUACUUACUGAAACCACUAAUCAACGUUUAUGAAAACCCUCACUGCCUGCGAGGACGCUUCUAUCUUUACACGGACUGUUUCAUUCUGCAACUGAUCGUGAGGCUCGGCCUGCAGGCUUUUCUGUCCAGCCUGCUCCCCCAUGUGCUGCAGGUCAUCACAGGGUUUGAAAGCUGCAGCUCUGACACUGCUGGAGAAGCUUGCAAAGGGCUGAGGGGGGGCACCUGUAAUCUAGGUGAGGAAGAGGAAGAGGACUUUCAGUGUGGCGAGCAGCGCUCAUCUUCUGGGUCUGUUAGUGGUGCUAUGGGAGGCAGCAGCGGAGCUCCAGGAGGAGUCGGGGCGGUGGGAGACUCAGGAAUGGUCGAUUACUCCUCUGGCAUCAGCCUCAAUGACCAAGUGUUCCUCUCAGAGGCUGAGGACUUUCAGAAUGGGUUCUAUGUCAACAGCGGAGCAGGAGUGGCUGCUGGGAAACAGCAGAGCCAGAAUGCUGCAGCCAAGGAGCAGGACCAGGAGUCUCUAAGUGUGGGGAAACUAAGUGACAAAAGCAGCACAAGUGAGCUGUCACUGGGUGAUGGAGACUCAAUGAGGGAUCGUGCCAGUCUGAAGUCUGCUGACAGCAGCCAGGACCUCAAACAGGCCAGUGAGGGAGAGGAGGGAGGAGAGCUGGAGGAAGAGGAGGUGACUGAGACUAAUGUGGGUCAAGAGGAGACAGAUGAGCCCCCUGUUCACAACCUGGAGCUCACUCUUUCUGCUUGCACGAUAGACACAAUAGACACAGUUGCCACUCUGGAGGGUGAGUUUGUGAACGGAAUGGGACUGGAGGAGACAGAGAAGGACACUGUGGGAGAGCAGGGCGAGGAGGAAGACCACGGUCCUACCGAGGAGUCAGAGGAGAAAGAGCAGAAGAUUCUUCUAGACACAGUCUGCAAAACGGUGCGAUGGCUGUCUGCAAAGCUUGGACCAACAGUGACGUCUCGAUACGUAGCCAGAAACUUGCUGCGACUGCUCACUAAUUGUUACAUCGGUCCUGAGAAACACCAGUUUGUGACCUCUCCGAUUGAGGAAAGCGGUUUGGAGAGCGUGGGUUUGGGCAGUGUUUAUGAGAAGAGACCUGUGGUUGGUGACCAGACAGCAGGGCCUGUGUUGGAGUGUCUCAUUUAUAUAGCUCAACUUUAUGGAGAGCCUGUACUCACUUACCAGUACCUGCCUUACAUUGGAUAUCUGGUUUCUCCACCUUCUUCACAACGCCUGAACACACGCAAGGAGGCAAGUCUGCUUGGAGCCGUUGCACUGACACAGAAGAUCAUCGUCUUUCUCUCUGACACCACCUUAAUGGACAUGCUGAUGAAGAUCAAUCAGGACGUGCUUCUUCCACUUCUUGACUUGCUUACCACUCCACGCAUGGGGUUCCCCAGUGGGGUGCAGACUCGCACUGCCGUCUGUCUCAAGACUCUCAGCUUGAUGGCUCUCAUCUGUCUGCGCAUCGGGAGGGAGAUGGUACAGCAGCAUAUGGCUGACACUCUGCGCCGGUUCUUCGCCGUCUUCUCUCUGCUGCAUUCUCUGCAGCCCCAGCUGGAUGGCGCCCCUCGCAGGAUGAUGGGAGAAGUCACAGUUGUGGAUGUCUGCACUCCUGAUGGGUCAAAUGUGACUUAUGAGUUAGGGGUGUUGGAGGAGCUGCAGACUGUUUUCAACCCUGAGAUGGCCCAUGCCUCGUACAUCCCCUUCUACUGCCUCAUAGGUGACGCAGCAAUUCGGAAACUGGUGCCCAACCACGAGCUGGUCUGGCAGUUGGCCCAGUCUUACCAUCAGAGUGUGAGUCAGGUGAGUCCUGGGACAAACCUGUCAUCAGCGUCUCGGGUGGACCUUCCUCCGCCCUCCGCAGGUGCUCCCUCUGUUUUUGGCAGACGUGUGGGUGGCAGUCCUUUCCCCGCACCUUCUUCCAACUCCAUCCAGCUGGGAGACUCCCUCCCUGAGUCAGGCACGUUUGGGAGCCACCUGGUAGGAAACCGUAUCCAAGUAUCCAGGGACGCCGAUUUUGAUGCAAGUUCCACCUUGGGCUUGGCUGGUUCUUGGGGACGUUCCAGCCAUAUCACACCCAUCAUCACCACCUCCUCCACUUUCACCACUUCAUCUGCUGGCACUGCGUCCUUUUCCUCCUCCUGGGUGGCAGACCCCACCCCCGAAGACAGCGCCCUGAAGCAGGAGCUUCCUCGUAGCGGGCGCUCGCUGCAGGGAAACUGGCUGGCCUACUGGCAGUAUGAGAUCGGCUUAAAUCAGCAGGACCCACAUUUCCACUUCCACCAGAUCCGAUUGCAGAGCUUUCUGGGUCACUCGGGCACCACAAAGUGUUUGGCACCACUGGCAGGAGAAGAUUAUUUCCUCUCGGGUAGUAAAGACAAGACGGUGAAGCUUUGGCCCCUCUAUAACCACGGCGAUGGAACGCAGGAGGUGGAGCCCAGGAUGACGUAUAACGACCAUCGCAAGUCAGUUUUCUAUGUUGGACAGCUUGAGGCUUCACAGGAGGUGGUCAGCUGUGAUGGCACUGUGCACCUGUGGGACCAGUAUACAGGCAAGCAGAUCCGCUCAUAUGAAGCCGUGGAUGGGAAGAAUCCCAUCACAGCUGUCACCACUAUGCCAGCCCCACACUGCAGUGUUGUGUUUGGCAGCGCAGAUUCUGUUCUCCGCUUCAUUGAUCCUCGCAAACCAGGAUUGCAGCAUGAGUUUCGUCUGGCAUACAACAAUGUGAGCGCCGGGCUCAUCCGCUACCUGGCAGUGAGCCCCUCGGGGCGCACUGUGGCUGCAGGUUUCUCAUCUGGCUUCAUUGUUCUGCUAGACGCACGCACUGGUCUGGUUCUGAAAGGCUGGCCGGCUCAUGAGGGAGAUAUCCUCCAAAUGAAGGCUGCAGAAGGAAACUUGGUAAUCAGCUCCUCCACUGACUACACACUCAGCGUGUGGAAAGAUCUGGAAAACAAGCCUCUUCGCCAGUACAAGUCUCAGUCCGACCCCAUCCACGCCUUUGACCUUUACGGCCCUGAGAUUGUAACCGGAACAGUGGCUAACAAGAUCGGGGUGUACUCCAUGGCGGACAUCUCCCUGAGCCCUGUUAGCAGCACAAAGUUGAGCUCAGAGAACUUCCGCGGCACUCUGACCAGCCUGGCGGUCCUUCCCACCAAGAGGCUCUUACUGCUGGGCUCUGAGAACGGCGCCAUCCGGUUAUUAGCUUAGAAGAAAAUCAACGACCCCCAGAAGCACGAAACACACUUAAGACUGUCCUCCAAAGUGUCUUAUUGGUGAAGACAGGCAGGUGAUCUGAGCUGUAUGUCCCCUCUCCUGAGCUUGAGGUCAGUUGUACAGGAAACAGUCAGUCAGUUCCUCUAAAUUGAUUUUCGGAUGAAGCAGCACAAGCAUAGGCAUUGUAUAAGCUACGUGUGUCUGAAUCUUGCACCAAAUUUGAUUGACAGGUAAUGUGUGCAAUGCACUUAACAUUUAUCAUGUACAGUAGAUCCCAUUUUUUAAAGCCUCUAGAUGUAUAGAUAGUAUAUAAUGGGAAAUAAUUAUCUUGACAAGGUCAGUCGUUUCUUCAAACAUGAAUCAGAAGAUGUGCUCAGGAAGGUGGAACCAAGCACGGUUCUCAUGUAGUGUUUACACUUUCCAAAUAGAUGCAUAACAACACCAAAAAUACAUCGACCUCCACUUUCAUUUCCCUUCAUGUUAGAAGACAUGCAUAUCCAAGUGCACUGAUUAAACUAUGCAGUAUUUGUAGAUCAAUCAUUUGUUUGUGUUAGCUUCAUUGCGUUUUACAUAGACGUUUCUCAGUUCAUUGUUUAUGCAUCAUAAACAGUAAGAUUACACUCACUGUUUGGUCCACAGUCUCUGUGCAGCCUCACGCUUCAACUGUCGCCAGAUUACAAAAGUCAGUUACUGAUGCACAGCCUUUAGUCUCCUGCACAAGUAUGGCCUGAAUUGUAACAUUUGGACUCACUCAGAUUUUAAAGACUGAAUGUUUUUAUCCACUAAUAAAUGACUUGAAGUUGCUUUGGGAUUUUUAAACAGUGUUUAGAGACUCUUGAUUUAGCCGUCAGAACCUGUAGCAACAUUACGCCGGGGAGUAUGUGGCAGAUGCCAGUUUGACUGGGUUUGCCAGUUGUGAGACUCGCCACUUUCUCAUGUCUGACCACAAAAGCUAACACAGAAACAGUCGAUGCCAAGAUGAACAAUUUUCUAUUUUGACAUUUGUUACUCCAUAUAAUAAUUAUAUGUAGAGGAAAUGCUUAUAAAGAUUUAAAUCACAAAAAAGUAGUUAAAUUGCUCCUUAUUGUGGACAGCAAAUUAAUACACAAUAGACAUUUUUGUUCCUUAAAUUCAGCUUGAAUCUGUCACAGCUCUUCAGGCCUUUUAGCACUCAAUAAUCAAAGCUCAAACCUUUGUAUGAUUUUUUUUCAUGAUGUUAAACACAGUCUGCCUAAUUUUGUAAUUAUUUGCCCAAAGCCUAAUAUGCUCUGACAAGUGUACUACACCUUUUUGAUAUUUUGUGUUUUUGUAAACUUGGAGUUAAAGCUCAGUAAUCAUACAAUGACAUUUUUUGUUCUUAAAAAAAAAAGGAAAAUUUGUAGUUGCUUAAUUGAUAACAACUGUUUGAGCAUCUCUCUGAACAUUUUAAGAGAAGUCCAUGAAAAAGCUUAUUUAUUAACUGGAUUAAUAAAAAAAAAUUGCUUCCAGUAUACCAGUUGUUCUGUGUGUUUCACCUGCAUUCAUUUGAAAUCCCAGCAUGCCUUCUCAUCUUGUUUGAGCCACAGGAAAUCAGAUUGGACAAAGUCCCCUUUUUGUUGUUUGCAGACAGUUGUCAUGUGAUCUAUAACAUGUCUCUUUUUUAGCGGUGAGAGGGAACUGGAUUAGUCAAAGAGGCUAAUUCAUCUCUUAUACUGUUUCCCACUUUGAUUAAUAAAAGGUCUCAACAUAAAACUGAA